UUUGAGAAAAUGCUAGAAGGAUUUUAUUAUUAUUAUUAUUAUUUUUUUAUUAUUUUUUUUUUGGGAAAUGCUAAAAGGUAUUUUGGCCAAUGAGCCAAUCACAAUAUGGAAUAAGAUUCUAUUCUAAUAAAAGUUGUAUUUUAUAUCUACAAAAUACCAAAAGUGGGUUAGUGGCCUACGUAAUAAUAACCCCCGAGGGCAGUUCUUUGCUAUAAAUAGCAAUAACAGACGGCACCUGAAUUAAUCACAAUUCUCUUCACUAUUAGUAACAUUAAUACGUACGUAGUAGUAACAUUACGUACUAAUAUAAGUUUAAUUUUAUAAUGGCUUAUAUCUAUAAUUACGUCUUUAUUCUUAUUUCUGCUCUUCUUCUUAAUUACACUCAUUGUCUAAACCCCAAAUUACUUAAUAUCACCAGUGAUUAUCGACGCGUUAAUUCUUAUUGGCUUCCUGCUCGUGCUACAUGGUAUGGAAGCCCGAAUGGUGCCGGUAACGAUGGUGGAGCGUGUGGUUAUUUAGAUUCAGUGGAAAGGCCUCCAUUUUCGGGCAUGACAUCAUCUUGUGGAUCCUCCAUUUUUGCGUCUGGUGAUGGAUGUGGAGUUUGCUAUCAGGUAAAAUGCACCGAGCAUAGUGCAUGUUCUGGAGAAGGAGUGACUGUGACGAUAAUAGAUCACUGUCCAGGUUGUCGCCCUUCAGAUAUGGCUCAUUUUGAUUUGAGUGGAAAAGCUUUUGGUGCCAUGGCUAAGUGUGGCCUUGCUGACCAACUACGAAAUGCUGGUAAUCUUUACAUCCAAUACCAAAGGGUAAAAUGUAACUAUCCGGGAGUGCCAGUGGCGAUAAGAGUGGAUCCGGGUUCGAACCCACACUACUUUGCAUUCAUAAUCGAGUAUGAAGACGGGGAAGGAAUAGAAAGCGUGAAGUUGAAGCAGCAAUAUGGUGGAUGGAUCGAUGUGCAACGAUCGUGGGGUGCAACAUGGGUACUUAAUGCACCAAAUGCUCUUGAACCUCCUUUAUCUUUGCUAUUAAUUGAAGCUAGAUCUGGACAGGCCCUUCCUUUGUAUAAUGUCAUCCCUUGGGGCUGGAGUCCUGGCCAAACAUACCGAUCCUAUGUUAAUUUUAGGACUUAAUAUUCGGGUCGGGUUAAUAACAAGUUAUUACAAGUACCAAUUAGGGUAUAUAUGUGUCAAAUUAAUCACAAAUUCUUUCACUUCUCAAUUUCUCAUUAAUCCACCGAAAGAUAUUUAUACGAAGUCAAUGGCUUGGGGAAUAAUCAAGCCUAACAAUAAAAGAUACUACAAGAUAUAUAUAAAAGAUAUAUUCUUAAGAUAUUAUCUCCUAAAUAUUAUCACAUAUUUUAACAGUAUGAGUUGAAUAAAGUAGGAUCGAUGAUGAUGGUUUUUAAUGUCCUGCAAUGAGUUUUUUUUUACAUAAAAACUAGUUUGUGGUCCGGGUAAUAUCCCGAAUUGCUGCGCUAAAUAUUGUAAGUUCUGUUUUUAAUUAAAAAUAAAACUUGUAUGUGUGUGGCUCGUGUAAUGUCCCGUUUGCUAUGUUGAAUAUUGUAAGUUCUAUUAUGGAGUAUGGAGUAUUGAAUAGUACUCCAUAUAAUGUAAUGAUUAAACGUGUUAAAUUGAAGUGUAUUAAGUUGAUGUCUUUGUUCGUGUUGUUUGAUCAUUAUAAUCUUAAAAAGCCUUA